AUGACAACAUUGUGGCAACCGUCCGGAUUAUUACUCGAUACUCCACCAGGUCAAGAUACAAGAAGACGUGGAGUGGAUUUUGAACAAUCAUCCAAACCAGCAACAUCCAAACAUCAUCCACAUGUCACUCAUCAUAUACCAAUUGAUAAUGAGGAGCAUGUUCAAACAUCUAUAGCAAAUUUUAUUUCUCCUGUAGCCAGGGCAUUUUCUCGCCAACUCGAAGAGGAACCAUUAACACACGAAGAAGCUGUAAAUGCAGCCAAACAUCCUGAUUUUGAAUCAUCUGAACGUGUUGUUAUCAAUGUGUCCGGUUUAAAAUUUGAAACACAAUUACAAACUUUAAAUAAUUUUCCUAGAACUUUAUUGGGUAACCCACAGAAAAGGGUAAGAUAUUUUGAUCCGUUAAGGAACGAAUAUUUUUUUGAUCGUAAUCGUCCAAGUUUCGAUGCUAUUCUGUAUUAUUAUCAAUCAAAUGGUCGUCUAAGAAGGCCGAACCAUGUUCCAAUAGACGUAUUCACUGAAGAAAUCAAAUUUUUUGAAUUAGGCGAAGAUGCGUUUAAUAAAUUUCGAGAAGAUGAAGGAUUUAUUAAAGAAGAAGAAAGAAUUUUACCGAGACCGGAAAUUCAACGAAAAAUUUGGUUAUUAUUUGAAUAUCCGGAAACAAGUCAAUGGGCCCGUGUUAUUGCAAUUAUUUCUGUGAUAGUCAUUUUAAUGUCAAUUGUUAUAUUUUGUUUAGAAACUCUACCAAAAUUUAAACGUUACCGUGUGCGUGCUGCUGAUAAUUCAUCGUACGAUAAUACCCGUUUAAUGAUUGAAGAAGACGAUAUUCCAGAAUUAACCGAACCGUUUUUUAUCAUUGAAACAUGUUGUAUUGUCUGGUUUUCAUUUGAAUUAAUCGUACGUUUUUGUUCUUGUCCAUUAAAAUUAGUUUUUUUAAAAUCGAUAAUGAAUAUAAUUGAUAUUGUUGCCAUUGUACCGUAUUUUAUUACUCUAUUUACAAUACUAGCAGAAGAAAAAACAAAAUCGAAUCAAGCUAUGUCACUCGCUAUUCUAAGAGUUAUUCGACUCGUUCGUGUAUUUCGUAUAUUUAAAUUAUCUCGUCAUUCAAAAGGUUUACAAAUUCUUGGACAAACGUUACGUGCAUCUAUGCAAGAGCUAGGUUUACUAAUAUUUUUUCUAUUUAUCGGUGUUAUACUCUUUUCGUCAGCGGUUUAUUUCGCCGAACAAGGUGAACCAGAAUCGUUUUUUAAAUCUAUACCAGAUGCUUUUUGGUGGGCAAUGAUAACUAUGACUACGGUUGGCUACGGUGAUAUGAGACCUGUUGGUAUAUGGGGCAAAAUUGUCGGUUCCAUGUGUGCUAUUGCCGGUGUGCUGACCAUUGCCCUUCCUGUACCUGUCAUUGUUUCCAAUUUUAACUAUUUCUAUCAUCGUGAUAUUGAUUCGGAAGAACAAAAAGAUAUUAAAUAUGCAAAUACCGAUAAUAUUGCGGCUGAAAAAGCGGCUGCAAUUAACGGUGACGGUACAUGUGGUACAGCACAUGUUAGCAUCGGCAGUUCAAUUAAAAAAUCCGAUUUGUCCUCAGCUGAAAGUUAUCAGCAUUUAGGUGAAUCUGAUGCAUUUUUACAUGAAGAAACAUCGAAUUUUCGUAAUGGUAAUCAUAAAGGUGCCGUUUGUCCAGCAGGAGUAGGCAGCGUCGUGGCAAAUAGUCCAUUGACACAAAGAAAAGUGAACAGUGCCAGUAUAAAUAAUAUGAAUGUUGAAACAGAUGUUUGA